AUGUUAAUAGGCCUAUGCGGAGCCAUAUGUUCUGGGAAGCAUGCCGUCGCAGAUUAUUUAAUCCAGAAGGAAGGUUUCCGGCUUCUCAAAUUGAAAGAUGUUGACUCCCCUCGGGUAACUGAUGGAGCCGACGGUGAUCGCCAAUUACAGGCGCUGGAGUCUGCAGAGGAUGACAGUAGUCCACCACCGCACCUUAUAUUUGAGGACUCUAAGGCCCUCUUAGACUUCGUAACCAAACGAUGGCAAGAACAUUGGGUUACAACGGACAUCUGGGAUGUUACUAUCUUAGAUCGUUUCUUUCAACGCCCAUUCUUCCUUCUAGUUAGCGUUGAUGCGCCGGUGAGCUUGAGAUGGAAGCGACUUGUGGACAGAUGCCGAAACAGGCUGGUCGAACCCCCGUCUUUGGAGAAAUUUGUAUUAUGGAACGACAGACAUCUCUACGACAAAGAUGUUGGACGCGCAUAUCUCACUGAUCGGGCACAAGUACGACUGUUUAAUUCCUCUUCGUCAUUCGAUGAACUGCAUGCGGCUCUCAAGGCUCUCAAUCUUGCCGACGAGCAGCGCUUACGGCCCAAUUGGGAUCAGUACUUUAUGGAGCUGGCAUCUUUAGCCGCUCAGCGAAGUAACUGCAUGAAGCGAAGGGUGGGCUGCGUGCUUGUCCGUGAUCGUCGUGUCAUAAGUACAGGGUAUAAUGGGACCCCAAGGCACAUUAGAAAUUGCAAUGAGGGCGGCUGUCCAAGGUGCAACCGUGGUGAGGGUGGAGGUGUAGGUUUAUCAACUUGCCUCUGCCUUCAUGCCGAAGAGAAUGCGUUGUUGGAAGCCGGAAGAGAGCGCAUACGAGAGGGUGCAAUACUCUAUUGUGACACGUGCCCUUGCUUGACAUGUACCGUCAAAAUUACACAAGUUGGGAUAACGGAAGUCGUAUACUCGCAAGGGUAUAAUAUGGAUAACGAUGUAUGCUCUGUGCUGCCCUCACUUUGUCAUUUCGCUGACCAUAGAAGAGCGCUGCGAUUCUGA